AUGGCCCGCUCCUCCUCGCAGUCGCAGUCCUCCGUCGGCGGCGGCGCCGGCGCGGGCGCGCGCCCGGCCACCGUCGGCCCGCGCGGCACGGCCGCAGCGGCCGCCGGGAUGCGCCGCCGCCGCACCACCUCGUCCGCCGGGGGAGGCGGCUUCUCGGGGGGCGGCGGGAGCAACAUGCUCCGCUUCUACACCGACGAGGCGCCGGGGCUCCGCCUCUCGCCCACCAUGGUGCUCGUCAUGUCGCUCUGCUUCAUCGGCUUCGUCACCGCGCUCCACAUCUUUGGCAAGCUCUACCGCUCCCGCACGGCCGCGGCCUCCGCGUGA